CCUCCUCCAUUCCUUCCCCUAUAAACUGAAGCUUGUUCCCUCUGAAAGCCAAACAGCAAUCAAUGGCGGGGCGAGGAGAGGAGUCCGAAGGCUGCGGGCACAUCGGCAGGUUGCCGGAGGACUGCAUCUCGCACGUGCUCUCCCUCACGACUCCUCGUGAUUCGUGCCGGGCGGCGCUCGUCUCGGCCGCCUUCCGCUCCGCGGCGAGUUCCGACGCUGUGUGGGAGCGGUUCCUGCCGUCCGAUUACCAGCCGAUCCUGUCCCGGGCCGUUGAACCGGUCGAGUACUCUUCGAAGAGGGAACUCUAUUUCCGCCUCUGCGACUCCAUUCUCGUCGAUGGCGGCAGGCUGCAGUGCUUUCAAUUGGAGAGAUCAACUGGAGGUAAAUGCUACAUGAUAUGUCCAAGAAGCAUGAGAAUUAUAUGGGGUGACGAACCUCGAUAUUGGAGUUGGAUCUCUCUGCCUGAGUCAAGGUAUGUGCACCACCCCUCUACUUUUGAAGAAAUUUCUUUUGGAUUCUAAUAACGAAGUUUUAGCAAGCUGUCUGGGUGCAUGCAUGCAUGCAUGUGUAAGCAAGAGAUAUUCCAUUUGCUGGGUUAUAAAAUAAAGACGACGUGGGCUUUCUAUUGAAUUCUUUCUACUUCAAUAAUUUGACAUUGCAGAGAUAGAUCUCACAAAACCGUCCCAACAAUGCUAUAUCCUGCUUGCAAUUUUUCUGAUUAUAACAGGAGGUUAGAAAUGCUAAAAUAUAUCUUGGUUUUCUUCUUGACGUCUCUCUGAAUAUUCUACCUGAGCUAUUUUACUGUGUUUGGUUCUCUGAGAACCUAAAAACACUGUCUUGAUG